CUGUAGGAAGGAAGGAAGGGGCUCCCUGAAGCAUCUGAGACAGGAAGUGGUAGUUUGGGUGUCCUACAGAAAGUGACUGGUUAGAUCCAAGGCUCAGUAUCGCAUAUACACUCAGCUUGGACUUUGCCUCUGUGGGAAUGUGGAGGACAGCCUUCCCUGACCACACCUGGAAUCAAGGCUGGUCUUUCCUGAUACUGUCACCCAGACCGAAACGCAUCAAGAGAGUUAAGAGAACGUGAGGAACUCGGACAGGAGAGGUCCUGGGGGAACCCAGAGACUGGGAGGUAGAGGUGAAGGAGGAAACAGACAAGCAUCAGUUGAUUAGGGGCAAGGAAGAUACGGAAAACUGCCCGGAGCAAAGGCUGGCCUGUCUCAACCAGUCUUCCAGCAAAUGUGGCCACAGAGACAGUUAUCUUCAACCCCAUAUAUUUGAGGACUGCUAAGUGACCUGCGAGACCCAGCUUCUCCACUUCUACCACACAGCCCAGCAUGUGGAACUACCUGUCCUUGCUGCCUGUCAUCCUAGCUCUAUGGGCUAUCGCUGGGACCUGGAUUGUGUUUGCAAUUGCCGUGGCUAACAAGAGUGUGCAGCUGGAGAACGGCUUCCCCUUCAUCAGUAACUGUGGGUCUUAUGCUCCCCAGAGCUGUAUUUUCGGCCAAGUCCUCAAUACAGGAGCUGCUCUAGCUGUUUGGAUCUGCAUUGUGCGGUACCAUCAACUCCGGGACUGGGGCGUCAAAACGUGGCAAAACCAGUUGAUUCUGUGCUCGGGAAUCCUCUGUGCCCUGGGAACCUCCAUAGUAGGCAAUUUUCAGGAGAAGAACCAGAAGUCGACGCACCUGGCAGGGGCCUUUCUGGCCUUUAUCCUGGGCAACCUGUAUUUCUGGCUACAAUUCUUUCUGUCCUGGUGGAUGAAGGGUCUGCCUCAACCUGGGCCCCGCUGGAUUAGGCCUCUCCGCCUGAGUUUCUGCAUCCUCUCCACCAUCCUCAUUGUGACCAUGAUCAUCCUGUACUCCCAACUGAUGCGAUCUGCCUCCGCCGCCUGCGAGUGGGCAGUGGCCAUGAUGCUCUUCACGCAGUUUGGCCUCUUUGCUGUGGAUUUCUCCAGCUUGGGUGGUUGCAGCCUCCACUUACAACCCAAACUGGACGCCAGCCUCCCACAGGCUCCCUCUGGGUCUCCAAACAUACAGACAUCACAGGCGCUCUGACUCGGCCCCUGAACAACUGGCAGAGGAGGAAGGAUGGGGCCAGCCCAGGCUCACCCAAUGAUGACCUGGAGGCUGAGGCCGACAGCAUGAUUGAUGGACGAAGGGAAGAGGGGGUGAUGCUCACCACUCAGAAGGGCAGCAUCGUGGUACCCACCGUCCCUGUGACCGGAAGCACCCCAGGAACCGAGAGGCGAAGGCCAGCCAGCUGUCCCUGAUCAAGGCUAUUUAUUAA